AAUAGCCUAAAAGGGAGUACAAUAUAAGCAAAAUUGUGGAUACAAUGAAUGGACAAAAAACAAUUGCGACCCACGGACCACUCAACGACCCAGAUGGUCUAGCCCGACAUGUGCGGUUUUUGAUUGAAGAUGGCAGAAGGUGAGGAUAUUCAGCCGCUUGUUUGUGAUAAUGGGACUGGAAUGGUUAAGGCUGGAUUUGCUGGGGAUGAUGCUCCCAGGGCUGUGUUUCCAAGUAUUGUCGGUCGCCCACGCCACACCGGUGUGAUGGUUGGAAUGGGCCAGAAAGAUGCUUAUGUUGGGGAUGAAGCUCAAUCCAAGCGUGGUAUCCUAACUCUCAAGUACCCGAUUGAGCAUGGCAUUGUGAACAAUUGGGAUGACAUGGAGAAGAUUUGGCAUCAUACUUUUUAUAAUGAACUUCGCGUGGCACCAGAGGAGCACCCCGUGCUGCUAACUGAGGCGCCUCUUAACCCAAAGGCUAACCGUGAGAAGAUGACCCAAAUCAUGUUUGAGACAUUUAACGCCCCUGCAAUGUAUGUUGCCAUCCAAGCUGUUCUAUCUCUAUAUGCCAGUGGUCGUACCACAGGUAUUGUGUUGGACUCUGGAGAUGGUGUGAGUCACACUGUCCCAAUCUAUGAAGGAUAUGCUCUGCCACAUGCCAUCCUACGUAUUGAUUUAGCCGGUCGUGAUCUCACUGACAAUCUGAUGAAAAUCUUAACCGAGCGUGGGUACUCAUUUACCACAUCAGCGGAGCGUGAAAUUGUGAGGGACAUGAAGGAGAAGCUGUCAUAUAUAGCUCUAGAUUUUGAACAGGAACUGGAAUCGUCAAAAACUAGCUCUUCCGUGGAGAAGAGCUACGAGCUGCCGGACGGGCAGGUGAUCACCAUCGGCAAUGAGCGUUUCCGGUGCCCGGAGGUGCUUUUCCAGCCUUCCAUGAUCGGAAUGGAAGCCGCGGGGAUCCACGAGACCACCUACAACUCCAUCAUGAAGUGCGAUGUUGACAUCAGGAAGGAUCUUUAUGGAAAUAUUGUCCUUAGCGGUGGCACCACCAUGUUCACCGGGAUUGCUGAUAGAAUGAGCAAAGAAAUCACUGCCCUCGCCCCAAGCAGUAUGAAAAUCAAGGUUGUUGCUCCACCUGAAAGGAAGUACAGUGUCUGGAUUGGAGGCUCCAUUUUGGCAUCUCUGAGUACUUUCCAGCAGAUGUGGAUUGCAAAGGCAGAGUAUGAUGAAUCCGGUCCCUCAAUUGUCCACAGGAAGUGUUUCUAAUUGUUAGAGAAAAAAUUUAAUUUAUCUCUUUUCUUUCUCCCUUAUUCGUUUCAUCUCCAUGUUGUUUGCUAUUAGAACAACGGCCGGAGAAUGUUUAGAAAUGGUAGGAUAAAAAUCCAGAUUCUGGAUGUUACUUUUUUGUUUUUCAUGUCUGGUUGUUGAACCUUUUCCUAUAUAUAUAUAUAUACAGUUAAAUCGUUCCGUUUA